AUGGCCAGUGGAGAAGGUGGCAAGUCGCAGUCGCGUUCCGCAAAGGCGGGCCUGCAGUUUCCCGUCGGUCGUGUUCACCGUCUUCUGAAGAAGGGCAACUAUGCCCAGCGUGUUGGUGCUGGAGCACCAGUUUACCUCGCUGCCGUCUUGGAGUACCUUGCUGCCGAAAUUCUCGAGUUGGCUGGUAAUGCUGCCCGCGAUAACAAAAAGCAGCGUAUCGUUCCCCGUCACCUACAACUUGCUAUUAGGAACGAUGAAGAACUAAACAAACUACUUGGUGACGUCGUAAUCUCGCAGGGUGGUGUCGUACCCCAUAUCGAAUCCCAACUUCUGCCAACCAAGUCUGGCAAGGGGCGUAAAGAAGGCGAAGAAGUGUAA